AUGUCUUCUCUAGAGGUCGCCUCCGACGCGGCUCGCAUGACUGCAAUCCUUACUGGUGCAGUUCGUACGGUCUCUGCCGCCGGCUCUAUUACACGCACAUCUAGAAGAAUCAACAGAGGCAAAGAAAACCUUCUUAAUGCCAUAGACUAUGUGGAACGCGCUUCAGUAGGCGAUGUUUUACCGCACUCUGAUAUCCAUAAGUUAAGGCGUCAACAUGACAGGCUAUUCGCUCAGGCGGAUGAAAUGCAGCGCGAAGCUAGCCAGCCUUCACAAGGAAUGAAAUCUGCCUCCUUUACAUUUACGAUAAGCAGGAUCAAGUCCGCCAUCUGGACACCUGUACGGCUGAAUAAGGAGGCCCGCGAUUUCGAAGAGAACACACGAUCAUCCGAAUAUGCACAAACUCUGCGUCUCAAGAAAAACGUGCCGGAAGAGGGAAACUUUGUUACGUUUACAUAUUCUUUGAUCAGUGUUCCAUCAUUAUACGACGGUAGCUCGCUUGAAGAUGGUUCAGAGCGAGCAUCAAAUACAACAAUGUGGAAACUUGUGCGGCCAACUGUUUUGUCAAACCCUGACAACGGCGAGCGCUAUGUUGGGCUAGAGACAAUUUCGUUGAACAAAGCCUCUUCAAUUGCUCUGAACGAAGCCAUCGCACAGCAUCCGGACGACGAAGAAAUAGACGUGCCCCUGUCGCACAAACCCUACAUAAGUAUUGAUCUAGAAGAGGAUCCGUGGAUAAUUGAUGGCUCUUCAUUGCACCGAUUCAUAUGCGAGUCGCCUGAAGAGUGA